AUGCCUGCCCACUCUGCCGUCCUCAGCGUUUUGCUCGCCCUCUUGCUUCUCAUCGUGCCCAAGGUCAUGGCCGACUUCUGCUGCUCGUACCCAAAUGGUGGCGGCUGGUUCGGAAACUUCCCUCUGACGGAGCUCAAGCCGGCCGUGAGCGGCAAGCUUGAAGGGAAGAAGAGGGACCGUGACGAAACCAAGCCUGAGAAUCUUGCCAUGAUGCACACCCAAUUUUCGUUGGUCACCGCAGCUAUAACCGGUCUCGUGCUCCUGCUCGCCAUCGGAAAAGCCCACGCUUUCUGCUGCUCUUAUCCCUCCGGAUGCUACACCUCGAGCGAGAACUGUACCAGUCCCGGGGUUAAUGCCAACUGCUGCGGACCCCCCGACAUGGCGCAAUCUCCCGACGCUACAUCUCGCAACGAGUUCGUGCUGACAAAGAUCGAAGAUCAUCCCUUCGUCCAUCGCGACAACGCCAGCCAUUAG